CAACUCUUGAUUGCUGCGGAGACCUCGUGCAGAAAAAGCAGACAAGGAUGUGAGAAGGGGGAGCGGUGUUCCACAGCUACAGCAUGACCUGUCCCAGAAUAGCUGCCAAAGAUUUAUUCUCUGUGUUUGUUGGACAUAUCUCGCAUGAGGUCACCAAGACUGACUUGGUGGAAUUGUUCAGUGGAUGUGGCAGAGUUGAAGAUCUCUUUGUUGUGGAGAAUGGUCGAGCUGGAAGCUACAACUAUGGGUUUGUUCGAUUCAAGAAGAUGGAGAGUGCUGUUAAAGCAGUGAAAGAUCUGCACCGCUGGCCGCUCCGGGGAAGCAAACUUGUCGUCGACUUAGCAAAGGAUACAUUUAAAAGGAUUCAGGAAGGAAACUUAAAUGUGGAAGACUUGUUCGGGGAAAGCAAGGAAGAAACGGCCUCAAGCAAAGGUAUCAGCAAUCCAGUCACUGCCAUGUCAGGGGUCAAAUCAGGGGUCAAGGACAUCAUGUAUGUGAGCAGAGUAAGGGAGACAUGUGUCUCACUGGAUAUGGAUGCAAGACUGAGGAUGUCGGGUUCACCCGACUCAGAGACGAGGACGUUGAGCUCUCUGGAUGUGGACUGUCUGAUGGAGGACAUCAGUAAGGCUGAACGGGGUCGAGUUUCAACACUGCCUGGAACUCUGCCGGACAAAGCCAGCAUUGAGAAUGUUAAAGAGAAACUCAUGCUAGGAACUGGAGAAGACCUGGCAUUGGGGCGAGAGAAAGUAAAAGACUUUGUUUCAGCAUUACAUGAUGUGAUGGGAACUGUUAACGCUUUUUUGAAAGAUCACCAAAUUGAGUUAGAAGAGGAGGAAGAUAAAUGUACCAUGAACAGUGAUUCAGUCACAUUAAAAGACGAAGACAGUCUGUUGCGAGAAAAUCAAUAUGAUGAAGACAAAUUUUCAGACAUUUCACCGAGAACUGUUGCGACAAAGGAUCUUGGUUUGAUGAGUUCACUGUUCCUGAAGGACAUACAAGAGCCAGUGGCCACAGACAGCAGCAUGUCCUCAGACGACGGUGAUACAGGUGUGUUAGGUGGGGACUCUGGCGUAGAGACUGAUCAUAUUCCAAAAUCUUCCAAGGGAGGGACAGCAUUCAUUCAGCCUGAAAUUAGCCCAACAUUAGAUCUGCAGCCUGAAGUUAUGUCUGAGCCUAAGAAACCAGACCUAAUGUCCUCCCCUGUUGUACAGAGCUUCUUAGCCAGAGCUUCCCUAGGGAGGGGAAGAGGAUAUGGGCGUGGCAGUCCACCAUUGAAUGGCUAUGGGAGGGGCAUGGCCACCUUCCAUGGCUAUGGAAGAGGUGUUGGCCAAACCUUUUAAAGGAAAGCCAAGGAAGCUGUGUGGUUAUGGAUGUAUGAAUGGAAGCUCUGAUGAAAUCCUGGUGAGAGGUUGCCAACAACAGUAGGAUACAACUCCCUAUGGCUGUGUAACACCCCUGUCUGAAAUCUGAAAGGUUUUACCCAUUUAGCUGAUAAAUCUGUAUACAGUUUUCUGAUAUCUGAAUCAGACAAACAUGUUAACCUUAUACCUUUUGGCUACUGAGUCAAUGUUUGUGUACAAUUGUCUGACAUGUAAAUAAGCAGAAAAUGGUACAUGUACUGUAUACUAAACAAUCUUGCCUGCAAUAUUUUACCCAAGUGUGCAUUCUGUCAAAGUAUAUCUGAAACAAACUAACUGAUCAUCAGGUGUUUCUUUGCUGUAGGUCAGUGUUUGUUAGAUAUUACAAGUUCAUCAGAAUGUUAGAAUGUAUUACUUAAGAAAAGUUGUAACAUUGUUGGUCAGAUUAGGGUUGCUCCCUUUCACAUUUAUUCCAUUUAAAAACAAUUGUUAUAAAUGUUUUUGCCCAGUUACUGUGAAGGUGAACCAGUCACAUAAACACACACACAAAAUCAGAAUAAAGGAAAAAUAUGGAUUGAUGAAAAAAACAUCUUUCCACAGUUGUCGGUCAGACUCUGAUAGCUCCCAUUUUUUCCAAUCUUAUUUUGUUGAAAUCAUAAAUAUUGAAAACGUAAUUAGUAAAUAAUCAUGUCUUGUGAUAAAACGGGUUAACAAGUUUGGAUUUUAUACACUGUUGCGAUUUUUUUGAAUUUGAAUCAAAUCAUAUACAUUUAUAGGGCUGGGAAGAUUGAUAUAUGUUGUAAUUAUAACUAUCAGUAUACUGUACACACAAUAUCAGAUACUAUGGAAUUCCUAAAAAUAUUCUGAUAAAAACCUUCUCACAACAUUAAUAUUCCAAUGAUAAACUUAAACUGAGAAAGAAGUUUUACUAAGGAUGACAAAAUUGAACAAACGCUUGGAUUUCGUGGAAUUGAUUCCUGGAACACUUAUUGUAAGAAUGGUAUUUUGAUAAUAUAUCAUACACUUAGCUGAACUUAUCAACAAGUCUACAGUGUCCGGGCCCAAAUGUUCACCUAUUUUUACUAUUUAAUCAGUCUCUACAGUAUUUUUAAUAGUCUUAAGGAUGUAUAAUUCAGUGUUAUUAUUAUGACCCAAUAUAUAUAUUCUACAUGUACUUUUAUACAUACUGUCUGUGCUACUAAAAUAGUUUUAACAUCUUUAACAAAGAUAGAGGGGUAAGCUGGAAUCAGCUUGUUUGUCUGUCUCUCCAUCUGUCUAGCUAUCUGGCUGUAAAUAAAAGUUUGUUGAAUAAAUCCUCCAUUUUCACCGAUAGUCAGCGAUAUUGUAACCUGGGUAUUUUGUUUGUAUUCACAGGUUUGUAGAAUGUUUCUUUGACAUUUUUUUUUUUAAAUGGUCGAGCUGGGGAUAUUAGUACGUCUAUGCCAUACAAGUACUACAUGGUUAAAGGUAAUUCCAGUCUGCAUCAUUAGAGUAGUUUUUGGCUGACAGACAUUGUGGGUACAUAGCCUAGUGGAGAAGUAUGUUAACUAAAACAUGAUGGUUAUCUCCUGCAUUCCAGAUAGUGUCAUAACAAACAGUUGGUUGUCAUGACUUAAAUUUUGUUGUCAUGACAAACAGCUGGUUGCCAUUGUUUAAAGUUGAUUGUCAUGAAAACCACUUUGUUGUCAUGACUUAUUGUUUGUUGUGAUAACUAAAACUGGUUGUCAUGACUUAUUAGUACAAUUGUCAUGGGAUCAGUUGUCAUGACUUAAGUUGGUUGCUCCUGAUGAUUAUGACCAGUUGUAGCAGGUUUCAUUAUCUUAACAUUGAGUCCUGUUUUUAAAUCUAUUUUCAUAAUAAAAAUAUGUAGAAAUACAAUGAUAUCUGUAUAUUAUCAGAGGGCAAUCAUUUUAAAUUCAAGGACAUGUUUCAUAUUUUUAAAGUUGAAAUAAUAAUAAAAAUGUCAAUGGUUUUAAUUAAUGUACAGCUUUUAUAAUAUACCAUUUAGAUAAUGAAGCUUGCUACAGCUGAGUCUCUGCUGUCUUUUGUCUUUUGUAAUCAUUGAAUUGGUUGUCCAGUGCAUGUUGUCAUGGCGACAACAUGUACUUUAUCUUUUCCUCUGCGUCACGAAAAUGAAAAAAUAUAUAUAUAUAUAUCGGAGAAAUAAUAAAGAAUAUUAUAAUACUUUAAUAGCCUACAUUACAAUGACAUUGUUUUAAAGAUGCAUUUUAAAUGUAUUUUUGUGAAAAUUUAUUGUAGAUUACUAUUGUUUUAUUAUUACAUGUACAUAUUCAUAAGUAAGAGAUUAAUCUUCAAAUAACUUGUGUGAUUGUCAAAUCAAAUUCCCUGUUUUUAUUUAGAAGAUUUCAAACAUUGCCAAAAAUCACUUUUGAGGAACUUACAGUAUUUUUGGCUUGGGGUACAUUUUACAUUUACACACAAAUUAAAGCUCAUCACUUUUUCAGUAAACAUUUAUAAGUUGCAUAAUAUUUAGCCAAGACAUGAUACUUAUUCCCUGUCAUUAAAUAUGAUCAUAUUUGUUUCUCAUUUGGAGAGAAAAGAACAAAAUAUAUUGAUAUAACAACUCGGCUUAAUAUUAUUACUGAUUACACAAUUACAUGUUUUGAUACUUUUUUAUUAACAUACUGAAGUUUAGAUAUAAUAGCAGUCCCACUAAGAUUUAACUGUAUGUACCGGGUACUAUGAUGAUACAAAAUAUUAAUAUACUGUAGUUGAUAUGGCUAUUACAUUUACAUGUAUUUGUAAAACUUUCCUUCACAAAACAAUACAUUCUACUAUAUUAUCCCAUGAAUAUAUAUGUGUAAAGGGACACUAAAAGAGAUCAUGUCUUUAAUAAUAAUUUCUCUUAAAUAAGAAAAAAAAAAAGAUGUUAAUAUGCUUUUUUUUUUUUUAAUUCAUCCGCACACAACUUCCCUCCAGCCUCCAAAUCCCUGUUGGUUUCCUAGAAUGGUCACCAUUAAGAUGUCAUUUUAAAUGAAAGUGUGGGUAACUGAAUUUGGCAUCGCAAGUUACUAUAUAGGGUAAACAUGGGGAAAUCCAGACAUUUUCUAGUGUUGUAUAUGGCUGUCCUGAUAUUCACCGAUUGGUUUUAACUGUAUACGUUUUUAAAUGUUAUAUAACAUGGGAAUGCUACAAAAGGACAUUUCAAUGCAUUAUCAGGGUCUCAUCAUGUGAUCAUUUGUAGAUGGUUUCGAAACAUAUACUUGAGUCACAAUUUGGUGAAAUACAGACGUGUGUGUGUACAUAUUGGGAAAUCUAAAGUUUCAUGUUCAGGUUCUUACCAUUUGAGUCUGUAUUUGUAAUGACGAUACUAUCAAUCAGUGCAAUUAUUCGUUAGUUGGGCAUAACAACUGAAUCAGAUAAUGUGGUGCUAGGAACGAUUGCAUCUCUACUCCAUGGUAAGAACUUGGGUCUGGUGUUAGUACCAUGUUCAGCGCCACACCCACUCUCAUAUCUUACUGUUAUAACUCAUUUCAUCACCAGCAUGCCAGAACACCUUAAACUGAACUAUUUGGAAAGGUUGAUUAAUUACUCCAUGUAGAUUCUAAAUUGGUAGUUAAAGAUUAAUAAUCAGGUCAUCCAGUCAGGAAGACAACUGUGUGAGUGGCCAAAACAUUAGAAUGCUUGAAACACGCUUGCAUACUAGAUUUACGUAGUCAUACUACCUAGAUGAAAAAGUUGCCUUGGUAUUGGACAAAUAUUGUAACUCUCCAGAUUUUCUCAUCUGUCUUGAUUUCCUCCUGUUUACCCUUUAACAGUGUUAGACAAAAUUAUCUUAACUUUGAAGGGUCAAUAAACAUUUUUAUGUUUUCCCACAAAGAUAUGGGAGGUGCUUUAAUAUUGGAGGAGGGAAGCCUAUUGUGACAAAGUAUAGUGUAUUGAAGUUUUAGUAAGUGGUUGACCUGAUUUUCUUUCAGAUCUGAUUUAUAAUGAGACAUUUUUCUUUCAUUUCUACCAUUAGUUGAUGUAAAGUUUCUUGGAGUUCUAGUAGUUCAUUCACUUGAGAUUCCUCUCUUUGUUCAUGCUACUAGACAUUUUUAGUUCAUUGUUAGUUUUUUAUUAGUUUAGUUUAAGUUGUAGUGGUAGUGAAAUGUUUAGUUUAAAACCUUAUUUUCCCCAAGCGGUUCCUCUCUGUGGCCAUCAUUACUCCGAGAUCAAGACCGUUAUUCGUUGUCUUCAGUCAUUCCUAUGGUCUGUCUGAUUAAAACGUUAAUUUAUCACCUAUAUUAUAGCCAAAGGUGAUAAACUAACAUGUGCAUUAAGUCCAAUUUUUUCUUUGGUUGGACACUCUUGGUUCCUUGGCUAUAUUGCCUUUUUGUUAAUACAUGUUAGCUGUAAAUAGGGCAGACAUUUACAACAGAAUGGGGCUAGUUACAUUCCCCGAUGUAUUAGCUAAUUCUGGAAAGUAACCACCCCACCAAUUUAUAUACAAUUUUAUCGCAUAAUGCACUGUGUUAUCCAGUGAAUAUACCCAUGUCAUAUUUUUUUGCGUAUU